AUGCCCAGCGAUAAACCUUUCAUAUCGACAUUUGGAAAGAGACAAUCGGAUAAUUUCGGCAUUUUAGAGCGCUGUCCCUGUCGUGAUCAAGCCGGCAUAGCUCCCGUUUGGCCUAGCAUACGAGAAUUCCACGAAUCUCGCUGUUCAACAACCUCCGCCGCCGAGGAGUGUCUACAGCUCGACGUCAACGUGCCCACGUCGGCUGCUCCAACGUGGCCUGUACUAGCCUGGGUCACAGGUUCAGAUGGAAGUUAUCACUCUGGACAACUGGUCAAGAAGGGAGUUAUUGUAGUCAUUGUGCGUCACAGGUUAGGCGCCCCUGGAUUCCUAUGCUACGAAAGAGAUAUACCAGGAAACGCAGGCGCAAAAGACGUUAUAGCAGCAUUACGCUGGGUCAGAGACAACAUAAUUGCUUUCAAAGGAAACCCGGCAAGAGUUGUCGUCGCGGGCCAAGGUUUUGGAGCUGCCAUGGUGGAAGCAUUAACACUUACCCCAAUGGCUGAUGGACUGUUCCACGGUGUUAUAUUGCAAAGCGGCAGCAUAUUAGCUCCGUGGGCUUUCAACUAUGAUGCCAAAGACAGGGCCAAAGUUAUCGGAGAGCGUUUAGACAAAAAACGAGAUUAUGUCGAUGUUUUUUUAAAUGCCACAAUGGAAGAAUUAUUUAUUAAAUCAAGUGAAUCGAACACGCCAUAUUUCUCUUUUGGUCUUUGUCUGGAAGAACCACUGAAGAAUGAGGAGCGGUUUUUCUUGGAGACGCCUUACGAUUUGUUCGUGACAAAGAAGUCUAAAUCUGUUCCAAUGAUAAUCGGCUACAAUAGCGAUGAAGCGUAUAUAUUCGCAUCACUACUAAAGGAGUUUAAGGUCAUGAAUAAAUUAACUAAAGAUAUUAGCUUUUUACUGCCAUACGAGUUGCAAUUUUUAAAUAGUAGAGAAAUGAAUCAAGUUUCUCGACAAAUCGAGGACAUUUACUUCAGACGAAAUCGUACAAUGACUGCUCUGCUGGCUUACCACAGGGACGUAUACUUUUUAAGCCAUGUUUAUCGAAGUGCCAGUUAUCACGCCGCAGUGUCAUCCCUUGUCUACUUCUAUACGUUUUCACACCUUGGAGAAGUCGGCGUUCAAAAAGAACCUGGAAUCCAGAAAAGCGGAGCCGCUCAUUCAGAUGAACUUGCAUAUCUAUUUUCUGGGCGAAAUCUGGAUAAAGAAGACGGCCUUGUCCAAGACCUUUUGGUACGAUUUUGGGUCAACUUCGUGAUACAUUUAAAUCCAACUCACCGACAACCACUUGACUGGGAUCCAAUGAAUUACGAAAACCCUCGCCUACUCGAUAUAGGCGUUGAACCUAAGAUGAUCGACUACCCUCACGAGAAGACUUCAAAAUUUUGGGAAGAAAUUUAUGACAAGUAUUAUUAUUCUAGAAAUAGACUUCCAAGGAAUUGAGACAGAGAUGUCUCUAGGAAACUGAAUUGGCGGACUGAUAUUUUAUAUUUCAAUUAAUCAACAUGUGUUUUUACUAACAAAGACGAAAUAAUAAAGUGAUUUAAGAUCAUUUAUAUUCCGUUUUAUCAAGCUUUUGUUUAACCGGAGUUGAAAAAUUGAAACUU